UUAGCACAAAAAUACACGAAUACUAUUAUUUGUCGGUGAAAUUACCUAAAAAUGAUUAACAUCCUAAUAAUAUCUUGGACGAAUUCACACUCUUCAUCCUCUCUUUGGGACCCCUUCACAUAUAUAUAAUAGACUUAACCACACAACUAUACAAGUGACGAAAACCACAGCUAAACUCUUCCUCUCUUUUCGGCAAUUUAAUAAUCACACGUUUUGAUCAAUGAAGUGUGGUAAGAUAAUAGUGCUACUACUAGCAUUAGCAUCAACUCUAGUAGUAGUAGCUUGGUGUGAAGAAAUAGUAGAGCAAAACACAUUAGGCGGAGAAUGCAAAUUUCCAGCCAUUUUCAACUUUGGCGACUCCAACUCAGACACAGGCGGCUUCUCCGCCACGUUCGGGCAGGCCGGCCCGCCGCAUGGCGAGACCUUCUUCCACUCCCCUGCUGGCAGAUAUUGCGAUGGCCGCCUUAUCAUUGAUUUCAUUGCACAAAGCUUGGGACUUCCUUAUUUGAGUGGCUACCUUGAUGCCGUGGGAUCCAACUUCAGCCAUGGGGCGAAUUUCGCUACGGCAGGAUCCACCAUUAGACCACAAAACACCACCCUUCACCAAAGUGGUUUUAGCCCUAUUUCAUUGAACAUUCAAUCUUACGAAUUCAAUGAUUUCCAACGUCGUUCACAAACUUUUCGUCAGAAAGGAAAUGUUUUUAAAGAUUUGUUACCGAAAGGAGAAUAUUUCUCAAAGGCUUUGUACACAUUUGAUAUUGGUCAGAAUGAUCUGACGGCUGGAUAUUUUCUCAAUAUGUCAAGUGAUCAAGUUAAAGCAAACAUCCCAGAUGUACUGGGUCAGUUCACUACUGUCGUCAAGGACAUAUAUGAGAAAGGAGGGAGGUAUUUCUGGAUACACAAUACAGGACCAUUCGGAUGCUUACCAUAUGUGAUGGAUCGGGUGGCAGUAAAGUCAAGCGAAAUAGACAAAGUGGGAUGUACAGGUCCAUGCAACAAAGUGGCCCAAGUUUUCAACCAAAAGUUAAAGGAAGUAGUGGUCCACCUCAGAAAAAAGUUACCCCAUGCGGCCAUAACAUACGUUGAUAUCUAUUCACUCAAGUAUGACCUCAUCAGCCAUGCUAGAAAAUAUGGUUUUGAGCAAUCAUUGAGAGCUUGUUGUGGGCAUGGAGGAAAGUACAAUUAUAACCAGCACGUUAGCUGUGGAGGGAAGGUUACAGUGAAGGGUAAACAGAUUUUAGUAGGAAAAGCAUGUAAAGAUCCUUCUCUAGCCAUCAAUUGGGAUGGUGUCCAUUACACUGAGGCAGCCAACAAAUGGGUCUUUGAUCGGAUCGUCGACGGUUCUUAUUCGGAUCCUCCCAUUCCCUUGAAAAUGGCUUGUCAUAAGAUUUGAUUACAUCAAUGUUGAUUUUCAUUAUGGUUCACUAAAUUAAAUCAUACUUCCAUAAUUAGAGCAGUGUAUGAACUCCAAAUGACUUUCUUUGUAAUGUGCUCCUAUAUCUUAUUUAUGGUAAGUCUUGAUCUCUAAUUGUGGCUCA